AUGCCUGAUUCUUUUACGUGCAUAACAUGUCAGGUGAGGUUCAAAACACCUGAAUUGCAGCGUGAACAUUACAAACAGGACUGGCAUAGGUACAAUUUGAAGAGAAAAGUAGCCUCAAUACCGCCAGUAACCCUUGAAGAGUUCGAAAUUAGAGCUAAAGAGCAUAGAGAAUUGAGCGAAAAUGCAAAUCAAGAUGAAUCACAAUAUUGCAAGUACUGUUCAAAGAUGUUUAACACUAAAAAUGCUUACAAUAACCACUUAAAUAGUAAGAAACACAAGGUUAGCGAAGAGAAAUUUGUUGAGAAUGAAAAACAGGAAGAUGAGCACAGUGUUCCUUCAGACUCUGACAGUUUUGUAAAGGUUACACCUAACCUGCAAGCUACAGGGGAUCCUAGCAAGUUUGUUGUGUUGAAUGCUGAUGCUUGUGAUGACGAAGACAUUGAAACAGAUUCAGAUAUCGAGGAGCUUGACUCUGAUGAAUGGGACGAAUGUCGUAUCAAGGGCAGUGACUCCCGAAUCAAGCCAUGUGAUUGCUUGUUUUGUGGACACCAUAGUAAGAAUAUGGUCAAGAACUUGAAGCAUAUGUCUGAAAGUCACUCAUUCUUCAUACCUGAUGUGGAAUAUUGUGUCAAUAUCAAAGAUUUACUGUUAUAUUUGGGGGAAAAGAUUUCACAAGGAUACAUGUGCUUAUGGUGCAAUGACACAGGACGCACAUUUUAUUCAAUGGAAGCAGCCCAAGCUCAUAUGAUAGAUAAGGGACACUGCAAAAUGUUGCACGAAGGAAUUGCCUUAGCAGAGUAUGCGGAUUUUUAUGAUUAUAGUUCUUCAUACCCUGAUCAAGAGAAAACUGAUGAAGGUGAUAUGGAUGUGGAUGAAGAAGUGGAAGGUCCUGCAACAUUGGAGGGUGAUGAUGUCCAAUUGGUGCUGCCAUCUGGAAUUACAGUCGGCCAUCGCUCUUUAAUGAGAUACUACAAACAGAAUUUAACACAUAACAGUCAAGCUCUAGUGAAAAAAUCGGACCGCAAACUCCACAGACUUCUUGGCGUCUACAAGGCGCUUGGAUGGGCACCCAAGGAACAAGCAUUAGCUGCCAAGAAAGCACGGGAUAUUCACUUUAUGAAACGCGUACAAGCCAAGAUGCAGAUGAAGCUGUCUUUGAAAGCCAAUAAAUUCCAGAAACAUUACAGACCACAGGUCAACUUUUAG